AUGGGAGAAAGACUUGAGUGGGUUCAAAUCAUCGAGCCGAAAUCCAAGGAUACUAUGUAUGCCAAUCUUGUUACUGGUGAAUGCGUUUGGGAAGCACCACCUAGUGCAAAAAUUAAAUUAACAGAUGAUAAUCAAUGGUGGGAAUUAUUUGAUGCAAGUACCAGACGUAAUUAUUAUUAUAAUGCAAAAACUCAAAGAACUAUUUGGCAACGACCAUCAGGUGCUGAUAUAAUUCCUUUAGCUAAACUACAGAUGAUCAAAGAUAAUACAGAACCGAAAGAUGAACAAACAACAAUUAUUCCAUCAACAUCUUCAAUUAAUCAUACGGUUCAACAAUUAACUACAAUAAAUAAUACACAAUCUAUAAUUAAUAAUAAAUGGAAACAAAUAUCUUUACAAGGUCUUGAUGUAACACCAUCACAGGAAACUAAAUUAAAAAUUGUUACUCCAUCAUUUCAAUCAACAACAACACAACGAUCUAUUCAUCGUACAACAACUGUUCUUCAUCCACAACCAAUACUUUCUUCAUUAACAACUAAUGAUUUAACAUUUUCAAUGAAUUUAAAUAAUGAAAAUAAUGAUAAACCAACAUAUGAUAAUUUAACUGGUCUAAUUUAUAAUUCAUUUAAUAAAAAAUCUAAUCAAUAUUUUAACAAUAAUUCAUAUGAUAAUUAUUCAAAUAUUUCUAAUCAACAUCAAAAUUCUUUAGAACAAUCAUUAAAUACAAAACGUUCUCAAAGUAUUCAUUUAAAAUCUCCAUUUACAUUUCAAAUGAUAACAAAUGAAAAUAAUUAUUAUCAUAAAAAUACAUCAAUAGAUGAAUGUUCAAAUAUACAUCAACAAUUACCAAAUAUAUUUCGUCAUAUAAGUACUCCAUCAUUAGAAUUAUAUCAUAAUAAUCAAAUAAAUUCAAUGAAUUUAUUUCAAUCAUCAAUUAAACGUCAUAAUAUAAGAAAAAAACAACCACGUACUAAUCCAAAUUAUGUUAAUAUACAAGUUAAAACAAAUAAUGGUUCAUUACGUAGUACAUAUAUUCGUAUAAAUGAUAUACAAAAUUAUCAAACAACAUCAACAAUCUCAUCAUCAUCAUCAUCAUCAUCGAAUAGUUCAUCGGAACAAGAUUCAAUGUUAUAUAAUUCUCAAUCAUAUUUCAAUGAAUCAAAUAGAUAUUUUCCAAGUGAUGAAACAAUUAGUACUGAUAAAAUAAAUGAAGAACAAAGAAUUGAAAUGAUUAUGAAUCAAAAUUCUUCAUCAUCAUCACCAUCAAUGAAUAAUAAUUAUAUAUUAACUAAUAAAACAGGUCUUAUGAUGAAACAAUUUAUAACAUGUACUGAUGCUAAUAGUGGAACUACUAAUAAUAUGAUCAUUGAAAAUGGUACUAAUUCAAGUAGAUCAACACUUUCAUCACCUAUUUUACCUGCUUAUUAUGAUAGUUAUUCAAAUUCACCUUCAAUAGCAUCUCAUUCAAUAAAUCAAUCUCAUGAUACAGGUAGUAUUGAUUCAUCAUCAAGUUCAACACAAUCUGAAUCAAUUCAUUUGAAUGGUUUAUGUAAUAAUAAAAAAAAUAUUCAAGUAUCUGUUGACAAACAUCGAAUUUCAUUAUUAACAUCAACAAAAUCUUCAACAACAACAAUGAAUGAAAUUGAAUCUCCUAUAUUAUUUAAUGAUAUGUUAAGUUUAAAUAUACAUAAACGAGGUUUAUUUAGUAAACGUUUAACACACGAUAAUUUAUUAUCAUGGUCAAAAGAAAGUAUAAAAAAACCAUUAUUACGUACAUUAGAUAAAAUUCUACGAAAAGAAGGACCAAAUAUAUUUAAACUUAUACAAAUAUAUAUGGGAGAUAGAAAAUCAAAAAAAAUUGCAUCAUUAAAUACAUGUUUAGAAUUAACAAUUAAAGGUUGGAGUUUACCAUCAAUACGUGAUGAACUUUAUUUACAAUUAAUUAAACAAACAACUUCUAAUUAUAAUCCUGAAAGUUUACAACGUGGUUGGGAAUUAAUGGCAAUUUGUCUUUCAUUUUUUCCACCAUCAAGUAAAUUUCAAAUGAUACUUGAAAAUUAUAUAUUAAUACAAACAAAUAGAAAUGUUGAUACAUUUGAAGUACCUAUAUCAAUUUAUGCUAAAGUUUGUCGAAAACGUCUAGAAAAAAUUCUUCAAACUGGUCCAAAAAGAGGUUUAAAAAAACCGACUACUGAAGAAAUUGAACUUUCAAAGCAUACAAUUCAUUUUCCUUCCAUGUUUGGUAGUACUCUUGAAGAAGUAAUGGCUAUGCAACGAACACGAUAUCCUGAAAGACGUUUACCAUGGAUACAAACAACCUUAUCUGAAGAAGUAUUAAAAUUAAAUGGUGCAAAAACUGAAGGAAUAUUUCGAGUACCAGGUGAUUUAGAUAGUGUUAAUGCUUUAAAAGUAAAAUGUGAUCAAUGGCAACUUCCAUCACUUGAAGAUGCUCAUUUACCAGCAUCAUUAUUAAAACUUUGGUAUCGUGAAUUAGCUGAACCAUUAAUUCCAACAAUAUUCUAUGAACAAUGUAUAUUGAACUGUGAUAAAGUAGAAACAUGUAUACGUCUUGUUAAUUCAUUACCUGAUAUAAAUCGAAUUGUUUUAACAUAUCUUAUUCGUUUUCUUCAAAUAUUUUCUACAUCGGAAAAUGUUAUUUAUACAAAAAUGGAUGUGAAUAAUUUAUCAAUGGUAUUUGCACCAAAUAUUCUUCGAUGUAAUUCUGAAGAUGCAAAAGUUAUAUUUGAAAAUGCAAGAAAAGAAAUGUUAUUUAUUAAAAUUCUUAUACUUCAUUUGGAUACUGAUUUAAUUGAAGGUGUUAAUUAA